CUCCCACGCUUUCUCAGUCAGUGAGUGUGUGACCCCCUCGAAGAGAAGGUGUAUCGUCAGGCACUCCGUCUUCUUCCAUCAGUUUAGAUAGAUUUGUAUUUGAUUAACUGUGAUAAACUGUUGAUAACACGUUUUCAAAGAGUUACCUAAGGGAGGAGACGACGAAUCAUUACCGAUUAUAUCGAACUGUUUCUAUUUGUUAAGCAACUGAGUUGAGUACGUUUGGUAAUGAGUGUGAAGCUUCAGGUGCCCACAUGUCCAUGGACAAGAACGACACUUAACUGUGGUUGUCAUUAAACUCUAACAAGAUGACUGCGUCUGCCAUCCAUAGGUCAUCUUGGGUGCUUUUCUUGCUACUGUACCAAAGCAUACGAAUUUCGGGGCAAGGGCACCUGUGCAACGCGUCGCUUGGACUGGGCGAUUCCCGCAUUCCCAAUGCUGCCAUCACGUCGUCAGUGAACAAUAGCAAGCCAGCGGAGGCCAGACUCAACGGCAAAGGAGCCUGGUGCUUCAAGCACUCGGAAACCAAAGGUCUGGCCAGAGUGAGCAUCACUAUUGACCUCGGGCGCACUGCUCUCGUCUCGGGUUUACAGACACAAGGACCCCCAAAAGACCUGGCCGUGGGAUCGUAUUUCAUAGGUUUCGGCAUUCGCAGCUCGAUAACGGCCGACCAGCAAGACUGGACUACGUGUUGCGGUGGGGGCAACGUCACAUUCUACGCCCAGACGCAAGAUGGUAAAAGCGACGUAAUCUCCACGCACUCCUUCACGUCGUUGGUGGCAGCGAGGCGCCUGCGCCUUGAGUUCGACUCGUCCGUCAAGUGGCCCGGGGAGGACAACAAAUGCUUCCGAUUCGAAAUCAUAGGAUGUCCUCAAAACGUGACGCCGAUCACGGGGCUGAUUGUCGAAGCCUUGCCUGCCGGGUGGGUCGUGGCCACCUGGGAAGAGCCGAUGGUUCGAAGUCCCGGCGGGAGGGACCUCACCCUUGGGUCUACGUCUUAUCUGGCGGCCAUUACUCGGAAAGGAGGUGGAGAGGAGAACCAGGUGCAGGAAAUGAAGGUGAACGCCCGCAGGUUGACUGUUCCAAGUCCUCUGUGGGGAGCAACGUACACCAUAAGCCUGAAGUGCGUCUACCAAGGCUUCAAUCUUUCGUGUGGAAACGAUACGAUAGAUGCUGAGGUUACUGGCUGUGACCCAAAGGAAUCGACCUGCCUCAUUCAGAAUCAAGUUGUUUUCCGGAGGCCAUUGUGGUUACAGGCAGCCGUUGUUGGAGAGGAGAAAGUAGAGCUGACCUGGUCCUCUGCUUCGAACGGUUGGAUCACAUCCGAGGUCAUUCUCAGAGUUGUUGAUAACGACCUUGAGGAAAUUGAUACACUUAGUCUCUCGAACACGGAGGAGAAGGUGACAGUGACAGGUGUGACCGGGGGUAACAAUUACAGUGUCACUUUCAUACCAACUGCAAACUCUUUAGAACUGGCAAUGUUUUCCUUCAACCUUUACAUUCUGGCUUGGGAUGGAGUGAGACUCUCGACGAAGGAAAUUGGCUAUGGAGCGUUUGUGACAGACGUCAGCCUGUCAGCUGCUAUUCUGUGGGAUGGGACCCUCCGGGUGACUUGGACACCCGCCCUUGUACUUGGCGUAUCUUGGGAAGAGGAUGAAUCCUCUCCACCUGUUACAAGUUCUACAAGACCUGUAAGUUCUACGGGCUCUACAGGAUCUACUGUUUUUAAAGGCUCUACGGGUUCUACAGUGUCUACUGGCUCUACAGGCUCUACGCGGGUUACAGCAACCACAAUCUCUGUAGGCACUACGGGUUCUACAAGAUCUACCAUCUCUACAGCCUUUACUGGGUCUACAGCAUCUACUAACUCUACAGGGUCUACACCAUCUGCUAUUUCUACAGGGUCUACAUUAUCUGCUAACUCUACAGCCUUUACGGGGUCUACAGCAUCUACUAAUUCUACAGGGUCUACAGCAUCUACUAUUUCUACAGGGUCUACAUUAUCUGCUAACUCUACAGCCUUCACGGGGUCUACAGCAUCUACUAAUUCUACAGGGUCUACAGCAUCUACUAUUUCUACAAGGUCUACAUUAUCUGCUAACUCUACAGCCUUUAUGGUGUCUACAGCAUCUACUAAUUCUACAGCAUCUACAGCAUCUAUUAAUUCUACAGGCUCUAUGGGGACUACACCAUCUAUUAAUUCUACAGGCUCUGUGGGGACCACAGCAUCUAUUAGCUCUACAGGCUAUACAGGGUCUACAGCAUCUACUAAUUCUACAGGCUCCACGGGAUCUACAGGUUCUAUGACCUCCUUGAGAUCCACAACCCCAGUUCCCACGACAACUGCUGGUAGCACAAAUACAGCAACAGCUUCUACAAACACCGCCAGUUCUACACUUUCCUCAGGCGUGAGUUCCUCUUCAACGGCGAGGAGCACCACCUACCUGGCAAAUAAUAAGAGCAUGAGUUCCCUGAGCAGCACCACGCCGUCACCAACACCUGUCGAAAGCAGCCAGGCCACGGCCUUCAUGUACACCAUUUAUUUGAGUUCAAGUGAAGAGGAACGUUACGAAAAUGUCACCGACAUAUCUGGUGAUGUCAUAAGCAUAGACCUCCCCUCGCUCAGCUUCGAGACCCAGUACACGGUCACUCUCACGUGCCACUUCGGGGAAGUGUCUGUAGAGUGUGGAGAUACCAACAUUUAUGCAGCUUUGCCCAUUCACUGGAUAGUUAUGGAGGAUGACAUCAUCAUCCAUGCGCCUGCUCAAGGACUGGGAAGUUGGCAGGAUCAGGAAGACCAGUGUCGUACAAGUGCAGGAACUCUGGUAUCCUUGGCUGAUACUCUGGAAAACGAUAGGCUCCAAGAGUCUCUCACGAAGAAGAGUAGUACGCCAACAAUGGACACGUUUUGGAUCGGGCUUAACAUGUGCCCUGAACACCAAGGGUUUCCUUGGAGUGAUGGCUCGAUGUGGCAACAGUCGAACCUUCCAAAUGAAAACUCCAUGUUGAGCUCAACUACUUGUUGUAUCAAAGCAGUGUGGAACCAAGUGGAGAAGAAAUUUUCUUGGCUGGGAGAAGAAUGUGAUGCACUGUUGCCAGCUAUCUGUGAAUUCCAUCCAGAAGGUAUGGUGGCAAAGGCAGAGGUAUUCCAUCGAGGAUCGGCAAACAAGACGGAAGCAUCCGUCUCUUGGUCUUUUGAGCCCAAAUACUGGAAUGCCUCUAGUCUGGUGAUCGAGUACUGCCCCGUGCGUAGCCUCAUGAACAUCGGUUCGACCGUUCCCGUUAAAGAAGACCUUGGAAACUGUACAACCUCCAUUGUGGAUCCAAGCGUGACUACUUUCGUCCAGGCAGACCUGAUACCCUUCACUGAGUACAAUGUCUCUAUUACAGCCAGAAUAGAUGCCCUCAACUUUACUGGCCAGCCAUCAGUUACUUAUGUCCGAACACAUGCUGAGACUCCAGUCAUCGUUCGGACAUUACCCUCAGGUCGCCUUCAUGUCAUGUGGGCAGAAAAGGUGGCUGAGUUUGAUGAGGGAGAUAAUGUAAAAAUGGAAGUCAUGAAUUCUUCCAAUCCAGCUGUUGCCAUUUUUUCGAAAUCGGUACCAGUUACUGGAGGAACAAUAGAUGGCCUCUUGCUAGGGGCCUCUUACACUGUUACGCUGGAAGAAUUUCGUCGGAAAAAAAGAAAGGAGAAUGUAACUAUUACAGCUUAUCCUGCUUGUCCUUGUGAUGACUGCCAGAUUGGGGGCUUUUGCUAUGGAGUGCAAGAAAAGCAGUCAGACGGCUUCACGGCAGACCAGAAGUGCAGGAAGGAUGACAGCAGACUAGUCAUCAUUGACGACGUGAGUCAGGUUGACCGCCUUCUCGAAGUGGCCGAGGUGCUCAGAGAUGACCUUUGGGUGGAUCCAAGCUCCAAGAAAAUUUCCGCCACAGCCCUGAAUUCCCGAGGAACAGCUGCCUUAUUGACCGAAGAUAACGAAGUGGAAGUGAUAGAUGAGGAGUCAGCAACCACUGAUAAAACCACCAAAGAAUGCCUUAUUGUGUCCAGAGCCCGACGCGCUGUCAUCGUUGAAGCCUGUAGCAUCUUGCACAAGCCAGCUUGUCGGCAGAAGGCACCAGUGGCUUCAGCCUUCCCUCCAGUAAACGAGAUCAGAUCUGACAGUGGAGGAGACUGGAUCUCCCUGGAUUGGACCAUGGACUGGGGCUGGAAGGCAAAAUACUUCGUGUAUUACCAGAGGAGAUAUGAUAAGAUUUAUAAGAGAUCACUUAGGAAACAGGAAUUUGCAUAUCCACCAGUGAUGGUGUCAGGACUGGAACCUAACGGAACGUACACCAUGGAACUGGUGGCUGACCUGGGAGGUGGCUUCGUCUCGACCUCUGGGGAGUUCGACCUCUCAACCUCGAGCGACAUGACCAAAGCCACCACUGAUAAGUUAACAAUAGGCUCGGUCCCCGUUGGUCAGGAUUAUAUAAUGCCGUUGGUUUGUGGCUCGAUAUUGGUGGCUGCUUGCAUCACCACUAUGCUCCUCUUCUUCGCCACCGGAAUGUUCUACCAGGAUUGCGUAGCCCAGUUGGCCUUUCUGGGAACUCUCAUAGCUGCUUUCCUCAACCUUAUGUUGGCCCAUCCCAAUCCAGUGCUGCCUGAAAAUGAGACUGGGUGUAUCGUCGUGGCGGUGGUGCUUCACUUCCUGUUUUUAUGUGCCUUCAUGUUCCUGAUGCUGGAGUCCUUGACAUAUGCCCACCUUCUGGUCACCCCGAUUCGAAGCCCGUUCCAGAAAUCCAACUGGCUCUUGAUAGCUUUUGGUCUGAUAGUCCCCUUGAUAGUGGUCGCCAUUUGUGCAGCUGUGCCUUAUCGUAAAUACGUUGAUUAUGAUCAGUCAAACUGUUGGCUCAAUGGCACAGGAGAUGGUGUAUAUGGGGAGGCCAUACCCAUAGCCAUACUGAUUAUUGCCUCAUUGAUUCUCCUCAUCCUCACAAUGUUUAACAAUGAGACACCGCCAGAACUCAUCGAUAUCAACCUGCGCAGCAGACAAAGCGAUAGCCAUAAGCUCCGAUGGGUCGUGAUGGCGCUCGUCAUAGAAUUGACUGUCGUCUGGGGCACAGGAAUCUCAACCUACCAGACUGGUAGUUCAGGCCUUCGGACAGUCUUCUGCAUCUUCACUCUCAUUCUCGCCAUCACCAUAGUAGGUGCCAGGACAUCUUUCGAUGAUACGUUCCGAUCGAAAAUGCACCGCUUGUGUUGUGGGACAGCUUUGACGUACAAAAGGAGUGAAUUGGCUGGCUUGAGUGGGAAAUCCCGCGUAGCCCCUGUUUCCACAAGAAUCCCCCCAGAUUCUGCAGUAACUGCCAGCUCUUCUCAACCGAAGAACUAUGCUACCAAAGAGGAAAGGACAACCACCGUCAUCCCUUCUGCAGAAGAGACCACCGCCCUCCCCAACACGCCUCCUAUGAAGGAAGACCAGAAACACGUCCUCAUCCGGAGGUCUUAUCACUUCUCAGACGACGGUCCCGUCAACUAUUUCGAAUAACGGGCACUCAGGGAGCGUGUGGUUCUAUCUUGGCGAAAAGUGUGUACAAAAUCAGAAUUUUACUGAUAUUCAAUUUUAGUUGCCUCAAAAAACUGUAGCAAAUACUAGAAGAAACUGUGGUGGUAAAACAUAAAUUUGAAGUUUCCUUUAUGGAAAAAAAAAAAAAAAAUUGUAGUUUUCUUGACGAAAAAAAAAAUUUCAAGUUUUCUUAAUGAAAGAACUUGGAUGACCUACAAGAAGCAUUUCAGGACUCGGGGAUCGUCACAAUGAAACUAAUUAAAAUGUUUUUAGACUCAGGAGAAAGGAACUCAAGGAACCACUAAAACCUGUUAUUGACAAACUCAAAAAUUUUCCUUGAACUAAGAAAUUGUUCUUGAAAGACAC